GCAAUAAUGGAGAAAGCCUUCACAUUUUUUCUCUUAACACUCUUGUUGCUUAUGGCUAAUUCAGCCAUGACCCAUACCAAUGUUACCACUGAUCAAUUAACUCUUCUGUCCUUAAAAUCCCAAAUUAUUUCAGACCCCUUUCACUUCUUGAAUGAAAGCUGGUCUCCUGCUACGUCUGUUUGUCAUUGGGUUGGAGUCACUUGUGGUUCUCGUCACCAACGAGUCAAGUCCUUGAAUCUUUCUAAGAUGGCUCUUAAAGGCAGGAUUCCCCGUGAAUUUGGGAACCUCUCAUUUCUUGUUUCUCUUGACUUGGGAAGCAACAAUUUCCAUGAAAAUUUGCCUCAAGAAAUGACACGCUUGCGUCGACUUAAGUUUCUUGAUUUAAGUUUCAACAGCUUCAGAGGGGCGAUUCCUUCUUGGUUUGGGAUUUUACACCGACUUCAAGUUAUUAAUAUUAGAAAUAAUAGUUUCACUGGUUCCAUCCCUUAUUCAUUUUUUAAUAUAUCCACACUUGAGACUUUGAAUUUGAAUUUCAAUUCCAUAGAGGGUAAAAUCCCAAAAGUGAUUGGAAGUCUUAUAAACCUUAGAGAAUUAAACUUGAGGGGCAACAUGCUCAUAGGUUCUAUUCCUCUGUCACUCUCAAAUGCCUCAAGGUUGGAUACUUUAGAUAUAACUUUUAAUUCACUUCAAGGAAACAUUCCAGAAGGGAUCGGUAAUCUUCACAACCUGAAGUUGUUGGGCAUACAAGAUAAUCAACUUACGGGUUCUAUACCAUUUACAAUUUUUAAUAUCUCAAGAAUUGAAGUCAUUGCAUUUAGAGGAAAUAGCUUAUCAGGAUAUCUUCCCAACGGUUUAUGCAAUGGUCUACCUAUACUCAAAGGGCUUUAUCUAUCCGAAAACAAGCUUCGCGGUCAUAUGCCUACAAGCUUAUCAAAUUGUUCACAACUUCAAAUUUUGUCUUUAUCGGAAAAUGAGUUUGAUGGACCAAUACAUAGUGAAAUAGGAAGCUUGACUAAUCUGCAGGUCUUGGGUCUCGGGACUAACCAUUUCACUGGGAUAAUUCCACAAGAAAUUGAAAAUCUUGUUAAUUUGGUCGAGUUAGGCGUGGAGAAAAACCAGAUUACUGGCUCUGUCCCGAUCUCCAUAUUCAAUAUCUCUUCGCUGCAAAUUUUGUCACUGGCGCAGAACAAUCUUAGUGGAUUCUUACCACGGGAGAUUGGCAACUUAACCAAGAUGCAACAUCUAGAGAUUAGUGGAAAUAAGCUUAUAGGUGAAAUACCCAAAGAGAUAAGCAAUCUUGUUGAGUUGGAUGUACUUGAUCUUUUGACUAAUAGUUUUAGUGGUUCACUUGAUAUGGAGAUCUUCAACAUAUCAGGGCUGAGAGAAAUUGAUCUUUCAUUCAACAAUCUCUCAGGAAGCCUCCCACCAAACAUAGGUUCCAUCUUACCCAAUAUUGAAAGACUUCUUCUAGGUGAAUUAACCAAUCUUGUUGGGACUAUUCCUCAUUCCAUCUCCAAUUGUUCCAAACUUACUAUACUAGGUCUUUCAGGCAAUAAACUCAGUGGUUUGAUUCCCAACUCACUUGGAUAUUUGACUCAUUUACAGUACCUGGACUUGGAGAGAAACAAUUUAACAAGUGAUUCAUCGUUCAGCUUCCUUAUUUCCUUAACCAAUUGCAGAAAUUUAACAUUGCUAUCUCUAUAUUUGAACCCUCUUAAUGGAAUUCUUCCUGCCUCCACGGGGAACCUUUCCACAUCUCUUACAAAAGUUACCGCCAGCAGUUGUAAAAUCAAAGGGCGACUUCCAAAUGAAAUUGGGAACUUAAGGAGCUUAUUAUUCCUUGAUCUUUCUGGAAACAACUUGGUUGGAUCGAUUCCCCCAUCAAUUGGUAACUUGGAAAACCUUCAGCGCUUUGACUUGAGUAACAACAAAUUUACAGGAUUUAUUGGAGAUUAUCUUUGUAAAUUGCAGAGUUUGGGUGCUAUUUAUUUCAGUCAAAAUCAACUUUCAGGUUCUCUUCCUAAUUGUUUAGGGAAUAUUACUUCCCUAAGGCAGAUAUAUCUGGGUUCCAAUAAAUUGAGUUCCAAUAUACCACCAAGCUUAGGGAAUCUUCAAGAUCUUGUGGUUCUUGACUUAUCGUCAAAUAACAUGGUAGGUUCUUUACCUCAAGAAAUUGGAAAUCUAAAGGUUGCAACGCAAAUGGAUCUGUCCAUGAAUCAAUUUUCAAAUGCAAUUCCUACAGAAAUUGGAGGCUUGCAAAAUCUGGCGUACCUUUCUUUGAGACACAGCAAGUUACAAGGAGCUAUACCUGACUCAAUGAGCAACAUGGUAGGCUUGGAAUUCCUAGACCUUUCUAACAAUAAUAUAUCUGGAAUCAUCCCCAGGUCUUUGGAGAAACUUCAAUACCUCAAGUAUUUCAAUGUUUCUGACAACAAAUUGUAUGGUGAAAUACCCUCGGGGGGUCCUUUCAAGAACCUCUCGAGUCAGUUUUUCAUCUACAAUGAAGCAUUGUGUGGUUCUUCAAGAUUUAGUGUCCCGCCAUGCCCCAGUUCAUCAAAGCACAAAUCAAAUAGGAAAAAAUUGCUAGUUGUUUUUAUUUUGCUCGUAAUUGCAGUUGCAUUUGUUCCUAUUACCUUUGUGAUCCUAUGGAUAAGGUAUAGAAGAAAUAAAAGUGCUCCUCAGCAAGCUGAUUCAUUAUCUACUAUAAUAACAGAAAGGAUUUCAUACUAUGAACUGCUCCAAGCAACUAAUGCGCUUAGUGAGAGUAAUCUGAUUGGUUCUGGAAGUUUCGGCUCUGUUUACAAAGGUGUUCUCAGAAGUGGAACUGCCAUUGCAGUUAAAGUGUUCAAUCUGCAACUUGAUGCGGCAUUCAAGAGCUUUGAUACGGAAUGUGAAGUUCUGCGCAGCCUUCGCCAUAGGAAUCUCGUAAAAGUCAUUACUAGUUGUUCCAAUCUUGAUUUCAAAGCUUUAGUUCUCGAGUAUAUGGCUAAUGGGAGUCUUGAGAAAUAUUUGUAUUCGCAUAACUACUUCCUUGACACCAAGCAGAGACUAAGCAUAAUGAUAGAUGUCGCAUGUGCUUUGGAAUAUCUUCACCAUGGGUGCUCGUUGCCUGUGAUUCACUGUGACGUGAAGCCUAGUAACGUCUUGUUGGAUGAAGAUAUGGUUGCCCACCUCAGCGACUUUGGCAUUUCAAAACUGCUUGGUGAAGAUCAGGGUGAUUUGUACACUAAAACCAUAGCAACAUUGGGGUAUAUUGCGCCAGAGUAUGGGCAAGAUGGGUUGGUGUCUACUAAAUGUGAUGUUUAUAGUUACGGGAUUAUGUUGCUGGAAACGUUUACCAGGAGAAAGCCUAAUGAGUUUGAGGGAGAUCUUUGCUUGAAGCAAUGGGUGAGUUAUUCACUUCCAGAGGCCGUAAUGGACGUCGUAGAUGUCAACUUGGUAACACCAACGGGUAAUCACAUACGGAAGGAGCUAGAUGUUGUGGCUUCAAUUAUGAAUGUUGCAUUAGAUUGUUGUGCUGAAUCUCCGGCAAGAAGGACAAACAUGAAAGAUAUUGUCGGGAUGCUACAGAAAAUCAAGAUUCAACUUAGUGCAUGCUGAGCUUGUUCUCGGAAUCUCUUGUUUCAAAUCACUUGUUUGUUACAAAUGUUUGCUAAAUUGUUGGAUUCAUGUAAAGAUUGCUUUUUUUUUUUUUAGCACUUGAUUUUUGCAUGAUUGGGUUGAGCUAAAAUCAGUCAAUAUGAAAAUCUAUUGUGCUCAAUCCUUCAAAUUUUGGGCAAAUUGAAUGGAUCAUCAACAUUGGAAAAAUCAACCUAUAGGAAAAUGUUUAGCAAUUUUAAAGUAUCUACUUCCAAGAAAUUGUACACCAUAUCAUGUGCACUAACUGUACAUUUCAUUGUAAAAUUAUUGGACGACUCUUUUCCAAGUCAAGCACUAACUAUGUAGUAUUUCUUUCAUGGUCUUCCACACUUUCAUAUGGGCGAUACCAUAGCAUGAAUUAGAGUAUGAAAGGGGAACAUUCUGACUCCAUAGCACUAACUAUGGAGUAUUUCUUUCAUGGUCUUCCACACCUUCAUAUGGGCGACACCAUAGCAUGAAUUAGAGUAUGAAAGAGGAACAUUCUGACUCCAUAGCACGAACCAGAACAUGAAGAAAGGGAGAUAUUCCUAAAUGCCUAGUAGUCUCCUGCUUAUAAGUG